UCAUGCUGCUGCCAGGUCCAGAGUGUCUCAUGGGGUCCCUGUACGGCCUCCCAUUGCUGCUGUCUCCAUCGCCCAACACACUCUGCCAUGUGCCACUUUCAGGUCUCCUCACACUGCUGGUGUGUUCCAUUUUUGUCAUAGGGUGCUGGCAGAUUACGGGCCUCCCAUUGCUGCUGCCAGGCCCGUAAUCUGCCAUGGGCCCCCGUACCGCCUCCUCAUGCUGCUGCCAGGUCCAGAGUGUCUCAUGGGUCCCUGUACGGCCUCCCAUUGCUGCUGUCUCCAUCGCCACACUCUGCCAUGUGCCACUUUCAGGUCUCCUCACACUGCUGGUGUGUUCCAUUUUUUGUC